AUGGGGUUUCCCUUCAAGGGAGCAGACGUUUCCGAUAAGACAACACCUGCGAUCAGUCCCAACCCAGAUAACGACGCGACACCGAAUUACUCUGACGAGAAGCUUCACGAUAUAGAUGUAGCUACUGCCAUCAAAGACCUCGACCAGAUUCAACAUAACCACCAAUGGGACCCCAAUCUCCCUCAAGAGAAUCUCGAUGCCAUCAAUUCGGCUCUUAAGCAUGGGGAUGUCAAGGAGAUUAUCGAGGCCGAUUCGCAGUUUAGCCAAGAUUCCCCCUACGAGGAAGUACGUGCUGCCGUGCGCAAUACUGAUGGCGGAGAAGUCGCAUGUACCGUAAGAGCCUGGGUCUUAGGAAUGAUCUUCGUUACCCUCGGCUCUGGUCUUAAUAUGCUAUUAAGUAUGCGCAGUCCAAUGGUUAACUUCCCAGCUUUGGUCGUGGUAUUGUUGGUCUACCCAGUCGGAUCUCUAUGGGCCAAGUUCAUGCCGACAAGAGUAUUCAAAACCUUUGGUCAGGAGUGGACUUUGAAUACCGGGCCCUUUACCAUUAAAGAGCAUGUCGUCGUCACCAUUAUGUCCAACGUCUCCAUCUCAUACGCAUAUUCCACCGACGCGCUGCUCGCGCUCCAAGGGAAGCCUUUCUAUGAUCUCAAUUUAGGCUGGGGUUUUUCUUUGAUGUUUACGCUAAGUUCGCAACUUAUUGGAAUCUCCCUAUCCGGCAUGUUUAGGCGAUUCCUAAUCUACCCAGCCGCCAUGAUGUGGCCUUCUCAGUUUGGCUAUACCUCGCUUUUCUACGCCCUCCAUGACAAGAGCAAAAGCGAUGGUACCAAAUCGAAUGGCUGGGUGAUAAGUCGUUACAGAUACUUCUUCAUUGUGACGAGCGGCAUGUUUUUGUACUACUGGAUACCUGGAGUACUUUGGCAAGGUCUGUCCGUGUUCGCUUUCGUAACAUGGAUUAAACCAGAGAACCCCGUACUCAACCAGCUCUUUGGCGGGUUCACCGGACUCAGCCUUAUUCCGCUCACCUUUGACUGGACUUAUGUCUCUGCCUACCUGUUGGAUCCGUUGCUAGCUCCGACGCAAGCCCACGUCAAUACUUUGAUCGGCCUGGUCUUCUUUGUCAUUAUUCCGUGUAUCGGAAUGGUAUAUACCGGUGCCCUUUAUUCUGACUAUCUUCCCGUCGUAACCUCUCAGACCUAUGACAACACACAGAACGCAUAUACCGUCUCCAAGAUUCUCGGGGACAACUUCACUCUCGAUUUAGAAAAGUACCGUAACUAUUCGCCACUAUUCCUGUCACCUUCAUUAGCUCUCAAUUACGGGCUCUCCUUUGCCGCAUUGACAGCUGCGCUUGUGCACACAGCCCUUUUCAAUGGAAAGGAGAUAUGGUAUCGCUUCAAAACUGCGCGCAACCAGGAACCUGACAUUCAUCUCAAGCUGAUGAGGAAAUACCGCGAGGCCCCCGAGUGGUGGUAUUAUGCGCUUCUAGUAGUAUCGAUCGCAUUCGGACUUGCGACCGUGCUAGCGUAUGAUUCUCAACUCCCCUGGUGGGGGUUCUUCGUGUCUGUUAUACUAGCCCUAGUGUUUGUGAUUCCUACUUGCAUGGUGAUGGCGGUUUCGACUAUCACGCUGUCUUUGAACGUCAUCUCGCCGUUUAUAGCUGGUUUCAUAUUCCCAGGCCGUCCGAUUGCAGUCAUGAUAUUCAAAGUCUUCAGCACGAUCACUUUAGGACAGGCUCAGACAUAUAGCAGCGACUUGAAGACAGCUCAUUACAUGAAGAUCCCACCUAGAGUCACCUUUUGGUGUCAGGUCAUAGCAAGUAUAUGGGCCGUGUUUGUCCAGAUUGCGGUUAUGAACUGGACGUUAGGAGCCAUUCCGGAUGUUUGCACCAAUACUCAGCCUAGUCAUUUCACCUGUCCCAAUGGACGAGCCUUCUUCUCGUCCUCGAUCGUUUGGGGAGUUCUAGGACCGGAACGUAUGUUUGGUCCCGGAUCUAUGUAUGCGAACUUCAACUGGUUCUGGUUGAUCGGGGCUGCCGUCCCAGUCAUUUUGUGGUUCCUUAGCCGUAAGAUGAAGAUUGGUUUUGUGCGCCAUCUCAACGCCCCGAUAAUGUUCGGUGCCAUGGCAUGGUUGCCUCCAGCCACUCCUAUCAGUUUUUCAUCGUGGGCAAUAUUCGGCUUGAUUUUCAACUAUGUCAUACGAAAGAAAUACGGCGGCUGGUGGAGGACGUACAACUAUGUCACAGCUGCGGCUCUCGACGCGGGGCUUAUCUUGUCGACGAUCGUCAUCUUCUUCGCCAUAACUCUACCGGGAGUUACCAUCCCCCAGUGGUGGGGUAAUGUAGACGUGUUCAAUACUGUUGAUGCAUCGUACACGGGAUGGCUUAAGACGGUACCAGAGGGUGAAACAUUCGGGCCAGAAACGUGGUAA